AGGCGUUGGGGGGCUAGCGCUCCCGCGGGCAGCACGGAUGAGGUCGCGGUACGAGCGCGCACAUCUCGCAAGCUCUGGACGCGGGCGCGCAGCUUUAGGGGGGUGCAAUUUGGUGCCAAGCUGGACAAUCUCAGCACGGCGCUCCUUUCGAGGAGGCUGGCGCUUUAAUCCCACUCUCUCCUCUUCUGAACCUGCUUGAUUUGCAGCAUGCGGUAGCAGCACCGCAUAUGCAGGGCUGAAACCACACGACCCCGGAACCUGGCUGGCAUGGGCGACGCCGACACGGACACGCCGCGCUCGACGGGCGACGCGCCGCUGCUGAAGGCGGCCAAGGACAAGAGCUGCCCGUUCUGCGGGCAGGCCUUUACCUCGAGCUCGCUGGGGCGGCAUCUCGACCUGUACAUCCGGCCCAAGAACCCCAAGGCCCCCGACGGCGUGCACGUCGUCGACGACAUCCGCAAGCUGCGCGGCGGCAUCACACGGCGCCAGGCCAAGGGCAGCAUCUCGAAGCGCAAGGACAGCAGCGGCGAGAGCACGCCGGCGGGCAAGCACGCGGCCAGCGAGGGGUCGACGCUGGUGCAGAGCCCGGAGCCCGACGACGACGAGGGCCUGGGUAUUGAUUUGGGCCAGCUGGGCCCGCCGGGCCGCGAGCGCGCGCAGUUUGCAGACGUCGCUUGGGGUGCUCGCCAGCGCCAGCUGUCGCGGGGCUCGCGGGUGCCGGACCUGCGCGACGCGACGCGGCGGGUGCGCAAGCACGAGCUGGGCGCCCGCCAGCGCCACGGCGACGACCUGGAGACGGCGCGGGCGGCCGAGCUGGCCCUGCGCGAGCUGCUGAAGAGCGUGCGCGAUGCGAGCGCCAAAGCAACCGCCUACGGCCUCUUCGACUUCGACCCCUACGCCCUCAGCUUCCCCGCCCUGUGCCUGCACAUCCUGCCCGCCCCCGCCACCCUCUUCGCCUCGCAGCCCUUCCCCGCCGCCGAGUCGUGGUCCAUCGCCCCGCCCGCCCAGAAGCAGCUCGACGCCCUCAACCGCUGCGUGCGCGAGCGCCUGCUGGCCCACCAGCGCCAGCGCCAGAUCAACCAGGUCUACCCCGCCGGCUCCGACGCCCACCCGCCGCUGCCCACCCCGCCGCUGUUCGACCCCGACCCGCAGAAGCUGUUCAACCACAUUGCCGACGCCUACAACCACUGGCAGCACCAGUCCGACCAGACCCGCCAGGAGCACUGGCAGCUGGAGAUCCUGCGCUGCUAUGCCCGCGCCCACGAGGCCCGCCGCGACGCCGAACUGCAGCUGGAGCACGCCCGCCGCGAGAUCGAGUACCUCAAGGCCAACCGCUGGGCCGCCGGCGCCCCCGACCUGUCGCCCGUCACCAUCACCCUGGGCCCGGACACGGCCAAGGAGCUGAGCAAGCAGGGCAUGGACUACCGCAACUGGGACUUUGACCGCCUGGUCGACAAGUGGCGCGCCGUCGUGCGCGAGAACCGCCACUCCACCGCCGGUCUGGCCGCCCAGAAGCAGCUGCCCGAGUCGCGCAGCUGCUCCAUGGCCAGUCUGCCGGCCCAGCCCUUUGUCGGCCGCCCGGCCCAGAGCAGCCCCAUCAAGCUGGACUCUGGCCUGCCCUUCUCCGCGCCCGCCACCGUCAACGGCGAGAGCGACCAGGUAGACGCCGAGGGCGACGACGACGACGACGACCUCGACCUCGAUUCCAGCGCCCUCCAAGACGACGACGCAAAGUACUCGCAGGCCCCCGCCCUCUCCAUGCCGCAGCACCACAGCCUGCCCCUCCAACCCACCCCCAUCCACCCCUCACAACAGCUCCACACACACAUGCAAGCGCCGAUGCACGUCACGCAGGCGCAAGCCCAGGUCUCAAUACAGGCCCACGCACACGCCCAGGCCCAAGCUCAAGCCCACGCUCAAGCCCAGGCCUGGGCCGCCGCACGCCAGCACAUGAACCAGUCGCGCAACCAAAACUACAGCCCGCACCACCAGCCGCAGAUCUCGCCGCACCUGCAGCACACACAGCACAUGGGCUCCGCCACCAACAGCCGCCGCCCCUCCGUCGUCAUGCUGGAUCCGCACGUCAUGAACGCCAACGGCAUGGCUGGCCCCAUGGGCAUGCCGUCUGGCAUGGAGGGCAUGGAAGCCCACCCCGACCAGUACCUGCGCAUGGACAUGGGCCCGCUGACGGGCUUCGUCGGGUCCAACGACGGCGUGUCCAUGGGCACCUAGAAACGUAUCAAAACAAGGCACAAAAAAAAGAAGAAUUAUCGAAACCAACUUACACACAAAACAUAUUCCAACGGCCGCCGUGGUUCCCGGUCUGGCGCAGUUUUUUA